GAAUACCACUCUAAAAGGACCAGAAUUAAAGUUGGCUUUUUGCAUGUCACUGCUACAUGUUUCAUAAGUGUUAUGAAGCCAGUAAUUUGAUUCAAGGACCACAGUACAGCUAUGGAUAGUGAACCAAACCCUGGCACAUCUUCUGUGUCGACAACAACCAGCAGCACGACCACCACCACCAUCACCACUUCCUCCUCUCGAAUGCAGCAACCACAGAUCUCUGUCUACAGCGGCUCAGACCGACAUGCCGUACAGGUGAUUCAGCAGGCCUUGCACCGGCCGCCCAGCUCCGCCGCGCAGUACCUGCAGCAGAUGUACGCCGCUCAGCAGCAGCACUUGAUGCUACACACGGCCGCUCUGCAGCAGCAGCACUUGAGCAGCUCCCAGCUGCAGAGCCUGGCUGCUGUUCAGGCAAGUUUGUCCAGUGGAAGACCAUCUACAUCCCCAACAGGAAGUGUCACACAACAGUCAAGUAUGUCCCAGACAUCUAUCAACCUCUCCACUUCUCCUACACCUGCACAGUUAAUAAGCCGUUCCCAGGCUUCCAGUUCUACCAGCGGCAGUAUUACCCAACAGACUAUGUUACUAGGGAGUACCUCCCCUACCCUAACGGCAAGCCAAGCUCAAAUGUAUCUCCGAGCUCAAAUGCUGAUUUUCACACCCGCUACCACUGUGGCUGCUGUACAGUCUGACAUUCCUGUUGUCUCGUCGUCAUCGUCAUCUUCCUGUCAGUCUGCAGCUACUCAGGUUCAGAAUUUAACAUUACGCAGCCAGAAGUUGGGUGUAUUAUCUAGCUCACAGAAUGGUCCGCCAAAAAGCACUAGUCAAACUCAGUCAUUGACAAUUUGUCAUAACAAAACAACAGUCACCAGUUCUAAAAUCAGCCAACGAGAUCCUUCUCCAGAAAGUAAUAAGAAGGGAGAAAGUCCAAGUCUGGAAUCACGAAGCACAGCUGUCACCCGGACAUCAAGUAUUCACCAGUUAAUAGCACCAGCUUCAUAUCCUCCAAUUCAGCCUCAUCCUCUAAUAAAACAUCAGCAGAUUCCUCUUCAUUCACCACCUCCCAAGGUUUCCCAUCAUCAGCUGAUAUUACAGCAGCAGCAACAGCAAAUUCAGCCAAUCACACUUCAAAAUCCAACUCAAGACCCACCCCCAUCCCAGCACUGUAUGCCACUCCAAAACCAUGGCCUUCCUCCAGCUCCUAGUAAUGCCCAGUCACAGCAUUGUUCGCCAAUUCAGAGCCAUCCCCCUCCUUUAACAAUGUCUCCUAGCCAGUCACAGUCAGCACAGCAGUCUGUAGUGGUGUCUCCCCCGCCGCCUCAUUCUCCAAGUCAGUCUCCUACUAUAAUUAUCCAUCCACAGGCCCUUAUUCAGCCACAUUCUCUUGUGUCCUCGGCUCUCCAGCCAGGGCCAAACCUGCAGCAGUCCACUGCUAAUCAGGUGCAGCCUACAGCACAGCUGAAUCUUCCAUCCCAUCUUCCACUUCCAGCUUCCCCUGUUGUGCACAUUGGCCCAGUUCAGCAGUCCGCUUUGGUGUCCCCAGGUCAGCAGAUUGUGUCUCCAGCAUCACACCAGCAGUAUUCAACCCUGCAGUCCUCUCCAAUCCCAAUUGCAACCCCUCCGCAGAUGUCGGCAUCUCCUCCAGCUCAGAUUCCACCACUGCCCUUGCAGUCUAUGCAGUCUUUACAAGUGCAGCCUGAAAUUCUAUCCCAGGGCCAGGUUUUGGUGCAGAAUGCUUUGGUGUCGGAAGAGGAGCUUCCAGCUGCAGAAGCUUUGGUCCAGUUGCCAUUUCAGACUCUUCCUCCUCCACAGACUGUUGCGGUAAACCUACAAGUACAACCACCAGCACCUGUUGAUCCACCAGUGGGAAUGCAUUUGAACCAGUGUCAUCUGCACAAAGUUUUUUCUCUUAAGGUUUAUCAAGUAGAAGAUGUGUGUGAAGAAGAAAUGCCUGAAGAGUCAGAUGAAUGUGUCCGGAUGGACAGAACCCCACCACCACCCACACUGUCUCCAGCAGCUAUAACUGUGGGGAGAGAAGAUUUGACUUCUGAACAUCCUUUGUUAGAGCAAGUGGAAUUACCUGCUGUGGCAUCAGUCAGUGCUUCAGUAAUUAAAUCUCCAUCAGAUCCUUCACAUGUUUCUGUUCCUCCACCUCCACUCUUACUUCCAGCUGCUACCACAAGGAGUAAUAGUACGUCGGUGCCCAGCAGCAUUCCCAGUAUAGAAAACAAACCUCCACAGGCUAUUGUUAAACCACAGAUCUUAACCCAUGUUAUUGAAGGCUUUGUGAUUCAGGAGGGAUUGGAGCCAUUUCCUGUAAGUCGUUCAUCUUUGCUAAUAGAACAGCCUGUGAAAAAAAGGCCUCUUUUGGAUAAUCAGGUGAUAAAUUCUGUAUGUGUUCAGCCAGAGCUACAGAAUAAUACAAAGCAUGCAGAUAAUUCAUCUGACACAGAGAUGGAAGACAUGAUUGCUGAAGAGACAUUAGAAGAAAUGGACAGUGAGUUGCUCAAGUGUGAAUUUUGUGGGAAGAUGGGAUAUGCUAAUGAAUUUCUCCGGUCAAAACGAUUCUGCACUAUGUCCUGUGCCAAAAGGUACAAUGUUAGCUGUUCUAAAAAAUUUGCACUUAGUCGUUGGAAUCGUAAGCCUGAUAAUCAAAGUCUUGGGCAUCGUGGCCGUCGUCCAAGUGGCCCUGAUGGGGCAGCAAGAGAACAUAUCCUUAGGCAGCUUCCAAUUACUUAUCCAUCUGCAGAAGAAGACUUGGCUUCUCAUGAAGAUUCUGUUCCAUCUGCUAUGACAACACGCCUGCGCAGGCAGAGUGAGCGGGAAAGAGAACGUGAGCUUCGGGAUGUGAGAAUGAGGAAAAUGCCUGAGAACAGUGACUUGCUACCAGUUGCACAAACAGAGCCAUCUAUCUGGACAGUUGAUGAUGUCUGGGCCUUCAUCCACUCUUUGCCUGGCUGCCAGGAUAUUGCAGAUGAGUUCAGAGCACAGGAGAUUGAUGGACAGGCCCUUCUUUUGCUAAAAGAAGACCAUCUUAUGAGUGCAAUGAAUAUCAAAUUAGGCCCAGCUCUAAAGAUCUGUGCACGCAUCAAUUCUCUGAAGGAAUCUUAACAGGAUCAUGAGGCUGUGAGAAAACAGCGGUUUUUACUCUUCUUAAACAGACUUGUAAGGUAAAGGCGCAAGUUGGCCUAGAAUAUUAUCAUAUAUUGUGGUGGAUAGCCAAGCACAUUGGAAUCUCCACAUCAAAAGCUGACAUUUCUUCUACAGAUAUAAUUCAUCAUACAUUUUCAUAAGUAGCCUACAUUGGUAAAAUUGAUUUUACAGGUUACAUGCAACAAUGAAAGACUGAUAUAGAGGGCCAUGAUAUUUUUCAAAGAAACAUGUUAUACUAGAUAAUUUUUUAAAGGUGAUGUUUAUCGUUAAUAUAAAGAAUCCUUUUAAAAAUAAUUUAAUGAUUUACAUUUCUCCUGUUUUGAUUCGGUUUUCUUAUACAUUUUUCUACCCUGUAAGUUUUCUAUAGGUUGUCAUGAGAGAUAUAAUUUAGGAGUAAUUUAGGACUAGUAUAGGAGUCCAGUGACUGGAAUUGUAUGCAAUGAGCUAUCAGUGUGCAUUUAAAAAAAUAUGUCUGUUAGACAAUUGCUUUGUCUAUAAAAAAGGAUUGCAUUCUAGCAUGAAUAAUACUGAUCUGGAAGUCAGAAGAGUUGGUUUCUAUUCCAAACUUGACUAAGAAUUUGGUGUGGCUGAGAAAGUUGGUUUUCCUCUUUGUUUUUGGACAUUUAGAGCAGUGGCUCUCAGCAGAAGUCAGUUUUGCUCCCCAUGGGACAUUUAACAAUGUCUAGGGACAUUUUGGUUGUCAUAGCUUGGAGGGGCUGGGUAGGGUUGUUACUGGCAUCUAGGCCGUGGAGGACAGGGACGUUACUAAAUAUCCCACAGUGCACAGGACAGUCCUCCAAAACAAAGAUUUACUGGGUCCAAAAUAUCAAGUAGUGUCAAAGUUCGGAAACCUGAUGGAGGAGUGGUAAAUGUUGCUCUUUUUUACCCAAAGGAAUAUUUUGAAAAGAUGGGGCACAAUAAGGAAUACAUGAUCAGUGGAAGUAUUUCAGAUAGCAGAUGUUCAAGUAUUUUUCCUAAUUUUAUCCAUCCUAGAAAAAAGGGGAAAGUCUACUAAAUCGACCUGUAAAAUAAGGACUAGCAUACAAAUAAUUUGACUCUCAGAAAGUAGAUUUCACAUUAAUUAUCUUUCAUACCUGCUCCUCUGCACUGAUGAGGGCAUACAGUGAUUAUACCUUAUGAACCAGUGCAUAGCCUUUACAAGUAGUCCAAGCUUACUUGGCCCCACAGAAGUUUGUAGUGGGUACAUGGUUGGUCUUUGGAUUUUUUCUAACCUUGAACAUGCUGGGUCUAGCUAGAAUACACAUUCCUUUUUCCUUGACUAAACCCUUGCAUGCUUCCUACAAAGUACCCACCAAGUAAUAUCUCUUGGAUUAUCAGACCUAAUUUUGUAUGUAUAUGUUUUAGGGAAAAAAAUUUUAAAGUAAAAUUUUUCACUAAAUAGUUAAAUAGUCAGAAUUAUGACAAUAAAACAAUUGUUGUGGGAGCUGUGAGAGCCUUAAUAGUCCUGGACAUUAAAAAAA